AUGAGUGCUAACAUGGUACUAGACGGCCGCAAGGAGCGUGUGCAGUUCGAUAAGAUCACUGCUCGCGUCUCGAGACUGUGCUAUGGCCUUGACCCCGAACAUGUUGAUGCCGCUGCCAUCACACAGAGAGUCAUCUCCGGUGUUUACCAGGGGGUUACCACAGUCGAGCUCGACAACCUGGCCGCCGAAACUGCUGCAUACAUGACCGUGACCCAUCCAGACUAUGCCAUUCUUGCUGCAAGAAUAGCAGUGUCGAACCUCCACAAACAAACCAAGAAGCAAUUCUCGUCCGUUAUAGAUGACCUCUAUCACUACGUUAACCCUAAGAACGGCCGGCCAGCUCCCAUGAUAUCCGAGAAGACUCGGGAGAUCGUCAUGAAACAUGCUGAAGAACUCAACUCGGCUAUUGUGUACGACCGUGACUUUAACUACCAGUAUUUCGGCUUCAAGACGCUUGAAAGGUCAUACCUGCUACGAACCAACGGCAAGGUUGCUGAACGGCCACAGCAUAUGAUAAUGCGAGUUGCCGUCGGUAUCCACGGUGAGGACGUUGAGAAAGUAAUUGAAACAUACAAUCUCAUGUCCCAGAAAUACUUCACCCAUGCCUCUCCCACUCUCUUCAAUGCCGGAACCCCGCAGCCGCAAAUGGCUUCCUGCUUCCUCAUUGACAUGAAGGAGGACAGUAUCGAAGGUAUCUACGACACACUGAAGACCUGUGCUUUGAUUUCAAAGACUGCUGGAGGAAUCGGUCUUAACGUCCACCGUAUCCGUGCCACCGGAUCCUACAUUGCUGGAACCAACGGCUCCUCCAACGGAAUCGUCCCCAUGCUUCGUGUGUUCAACAACACUGCCAGAUAUGUCGACCAGGGUGGCAACAAGCGUCCAGGUGCCUUUGCUAUCUACCUGGAGCCAUGGCACGCUGAUAUCUUUGAGUUCCUUGACCUCCGCAAGAACCAUGGAAAGGAAGAAGUCCGUGCCCGUGAUCUAUUCUUGGCCUUGUGGACUCCUGAUUUGUUCAUGAAGCGAGUUGAAAAGAAUGGCGAUUGGACCCUAUUCUGCCCUAAUGAGGCUCCUGGAUUGGCUGAUGUCUACGGAGAAGAGUUCGAGGCAUUGUACGAAAAAUACGAGAAGGAAGGUCGAGGCCGGACAACCAUCAAGGCCCAGAAGCUAUGGUACGCCAUUCUCGAGGCCCAGACGGAGACUGGAAACCCCUUUAUGCUUUACAAGGAUUCCUGCAACCGAAAGAGCAAUCAAAAGAACCUUGGUACUAUCCGUAGUUCAAACCUUUGCACUGAAAUCGUUGAAUACACCGCCCCAGAUGAGGUUGCAGUUUGUAACUUGGCUUCUAUUGCCCUUCCUACCUUUGUGGAUGCUGUUCGCGGUGAAUACGAUUUUGGCAAACUCCAUGAAGUCACUCAGGUCGUUGUCAGAAACUUGAACAGAAUCAUUGACGGGAACCACUACCCGGUUGAAGAGGCACGACGAAGCAAUUUCCGUCAUCGCCCCAUUGCUGUGGGGGUCCAGGGCCUUGCCGAUGCUUUCCUCGCUCUUCGACUGCCCUUCGACUCUCCCGAAGCCAAGCUUUUGAACACCCAAAUCUUCGAGACCCUUUACCAUGCUGCGUUGACCGCAUCGUGUGAACUUGCCAAGGUCGAUGGUCCAUACUCCUCCUACGAGGGUUCUCCUGUUUCUCAGGGUAUCCUUCAAUACGAUAUGUGGAACGUAACGCCGACCGACCUCUGGGACUGGGAUGGUCUUAAAGCUGAGAUCUCCAAGCACGGUGUCCGUAACAGUUUACUACUUGCGCCCAUGCCAACUGCCAGCACCAGUCAGAUUCUUGGCUUCAACGAGUGCUUUGAACCUUACACCUCCAACAUCUACUCACGCCGUGUACUUGCUGGCGAGUUCCAAGUUGUCAACCCAUGGCUUCUCAAAGACCUGGUCGACCUCGGCCUGUGGUCCGACAAUAUGAAAAACCGUAUCAUCGCCGACGGUGGUUCCAUCCAAAACAUCUCUAACAUCCCAGCAGACAUCAAGGCUCUGUACAAGACCGUGUGGGAAAUUUCUCAACGUACUAUUGUUCAGAUGGCCGCUGAUCGAGGCGCCUUCAUUGACCAGUCUCAAUCCCUCAACAUCCACUUGAAAGAGCCUACCAUGGGAAAGAUCACCAGUAUGCACUUCGCUGGCUGGAAGCUCGGUCUCAAGACCGGCAUGUACUAUCUCCGUACCAUGGCUGCGUCUGCUCCAAUCCAAUUCACAGUAGACCAGGAGCAACUCAAGGUUGUUGACACCAACGUUGCACGCACAAAUGCAGCUAUGAGGAAACGUGUUGGCGCUGCCAGCCCAGGAGCCUCUUAUUCCGCUGUUCCACGUCCCAUGUAUGAUGGAACACAGCAGGCAGUUUCAACUCCUGUAUCCAAAAAGACUACACCAGAUGAAGAAUCUAGACCUACCCCGAUGCCAAGCUCUAAGACUGCUACUGAAGACAAGUCAGCAGGGAAGGCGGACGAGACGGAGUCAAAGGAAGGAAAGGGCGAUGCCCAGACAGAGGCAGACAUUUACUCGCAAAAAGUUCUUGCCUGCAGCAUUGAGAACAAAGAAGAGUGUGUGAUGUGCAGUGGCUAG